AUGGUCUGGGGCCAUUAUGCACGCAACGGCCACAGGCCCCGCCCGCAGCAGUGGAUUGGUCGAGAGGCAGAUGCCUCAGCAUCGGAUUGGUCAAAGGACUGUCCGUCAGCGGCAGGCCCUGUCGGGAUGGCAGCAGCCGCUGCCGUGGCAACGGGGAAGAAGCGGAAGCGACCACACGUCUUUGAAUCCAACCCUUCCAUCAGGAAGAGGCAGCAGACACGUUUGCUCAGGAAGCUCCGAGCCACGCUGGAUGAGUACACCACCCGGGUGGGGCAGCAGGCCAUCGUGCUCUGCAUCUCACCCUCCAAACCCAACCCUGUCUUCAAAGUGUUCGGGGCCGCGCCCUUGGAGAACGUGAGGAAAGACCCUAAAAACUCCCCCCUGUGCUGUGGUUUGUUGCAGGCACAGCUGAGAGCCUUCAUCCCCGAGAUGCUGAAGUAUUCCACGGGCCGUGGGAAGCCAGGCUGGGGCAAGGAGAGCUGCAAACCCAUCUGGUGGCCCGAGGACAUUCCCUGGGCCAACGUCCGCAGCGACGUCCGCACGGAGGAGCAGAAGCAGCGGGUGGAGCAGAACUGGGCGACGCUACAGGGGGGUGAGAUGACCAUCCAGACGACGCAGGCGUCGGAGGCCACGCAGGCGGUGGCAUCGCUGGCAGAGGCGGCCGUGGCAGCGUCCCAGGAGAUGCAGCAGGGAGCCACUGUCACCAUGGCACUCAACAGUGAAGCUGCUGCCCACGCCGUGGCCACGCUGGCCGAAGCCACUCUCCAAGGGGGGGGACAGAUUGUCCUGUCUGGAGAAACGGCGGCGGCGGUCGGAGCCCUCACCGGCGUGCAGGAUGCCAAUGGGAAGGUGGAGCCAAAUGAGUCGCUAGCAGCUUGGCAAAGUGCAGAUCAGCUUGCUUGCGCCGAGGAGGACAGGAAGGAAAGAGUCAAGCUUGUUGUAGGGCCUUCCUGGUGGGAACAGAAUUUUUUAAUGAAGGUUUACCCUGAAACAGGUAGGAUUUAUUCCCGAUGUGAAGGAAGGGUGAGGAAAAUCAGGUUGGGCAGAUGUGUUUCAGAGGAGAGGGUAGGAAAGAGGCUGGCAGCCAAGGAGGAAAGAUAAAAGGGGUGAGUGGGAAUUCCUGGAUUCACUGAGCAACUCCAGGAAUAGGGAGAGGUGUUUCCUAGAGGACAAAUUAGUGGGCACAAAUGGGUAAUUAUCAGCAACAGGGCUUUGAUGGACUCUAAAAUACCUUGGCAUAAGCCUCAGUCAUGAGCUUAACCUGUGUCAAGUCUGGGUCUGUUCUCCCAGGGAACAAGGGGCAGGACCAGAGGAAACGGCCCCAAAUCGCACCAGGGGAGGUCCAGGUUGGAUAUCAGGGAAAAUUCCCUCAUGGAAGGGGUUGUCAGG